AUGGCGUACCGCUUCCCCAUUAUAACCUUCGAUUCCUCCGCAACUCCUCUUCGUUCCUGUCGACCAUGCUACAAUUCGAAAACUAGAUGCAACCGUGAAGUUCCUUAUUGUCAAACCUGCCUCAAGCGUGGUAAAUCCUUGUUGUGCGUCUAUGAAACGAGAACGCCAGACCAAAAACGUGCUCUUCCAGAGCCACAACCAAAGCGGCAAAAGCAAGAGCAGGAGGGUGAAUAUGACGAUAACCACAUUCCAUGGAAGACUUUUGAGACGCAAUCCGAACAGUAUUUGCAUCACGAAACAAGUACAACUGAGGAAAUGCAACACACCAUUGAGCCUACAAACGAAGAACAUAUCAAGCAUAUGACUCAAAUGCAUUCUAAGCAGGGCAAUUUAGCACCUCACGAGGCCUCACUAAAGAGUAUUGCGGCUGCGAAUGCGGAGAAAGCUUCGAUUUCCCAACCGAAAUAUGUUAAAAAUACAUUUGAAUAG